AUGUCCUCAUCUGCACCCAUACGGGAAGGGCCAGUAUGCGGGAGAACCUAUCCAAACAUACCUUUCAAUCCAUCGAUAACGCCGAUCACACCAUACGGUGAUCCGGAUUUAUGUUACGAUUCGUGCCAUUUACUCAAUAGUGAACACAAGUUUGAGUCCAAUUCAGACGCGAAUAGUGAGGACAAUAAGUUCAAAGAGGAGCGACAGGAUUGCAAAAGCAAUAGUGAACUUCUCCAUAAGGCAACGAAUACGAGCACAACUGUGGCCACGACUGUCACCUAAUCCAGUGCUGCCAAUCACUGAAUGCCAAUAAAUGGACUCAAUUGAGUGAACGUUUUAUAAUAAUUUUGCACAAAUCAAGAGAACUUAUUAUCCAAACAAACAGUUUAGUUGUGUUCAAACAAACAGACCACAGAAUCCGCGAAUCAAUUCUCGAGCAAAACAUUUUGAUUUUAUUUGAAUUUCGUUGAAUGCAAUGUAGUCUUCGUUCUUUAACGGCACCGUUAUAUCAAU